AUGUCGCUUCAGUAUGCGCACAUACAGGAAGCCCUGUACUACGAAACCAUACAGCCGACAGUAAAUUCGGAAAGAGACCCGCAGCAGUCCGUUCCCAGUGAAGGAUCGUACUACGAGAGCAUCAAGCCGGCGGGAAAAUCCGUCAAAGGCAAGCAGCAAUUCGUCCACACACUGUUCAUGAGGCCUCCGCCGACGCUGCCACCUCCGCUGUGGAGACCGCCACACCACAGGGACACGGUGAUCCUGCCCUACUUUCCGCUCGUAAGAGGUUACAAUCGCGGUCACGCUCCCUGGAGGCAACGGGGAUCCCUCAACCGUGGCUUCCCGCACAGACUCGGAGUGGGUGCACUGAGCGGACUAUACGACGACGGUACUCUCAACGAUGAGCCUGGGGCAACCAGCUCAAUCCUGCCGCUGUCCGGGUCGGGACCGAACAGCGUUCACCCGAUGUCCGGCAGCUUCGAAUGGCCCCUGCCCCACUUCAGCCGGCUGCACUGGACGCCAGUACUGACCCACUUGUGGAACUCUCACCCUAGUUCGGGCACGGGCCACGUUGACAUGCCGGUUGUCAUUCAUAAAAAGAAGGUCGUGAAGAUCAAGCCAAAGCCUCCGAGAAAGCCGACGCGCAAGCCCGAAGCCGAGCCCGAAGAAGAAAAACCUGAACCCAAGCUCGCGGAAACAACGUCCGUGAACCCCACGGAGAACCCCAUCGAAAACCCUACCGAAUGGACUCUGGACGUUCCUUUCGACUGGUCGCUAGACAAGCCGACUACGGAGACGACUCUGAAGCCUGAAUUGAAGCCACCCAUAAAGCCCGUCCCGGAGCCUCAUGAUGAGAGCACCGUAGAAUUCGAGACGGAGCAAGCGGGCGGUAAAGAUUCGUCUAAUGACUCCGUUCCUCCGGACGGGUCGGCUCGACCACAGGGCACUAAUGUUCUUCCUGUGUCGUCGGGAUCGGUAAUUAACGCGUUCAAGUUUCCCGGCCCACCGAACGCGAAUCGCAACGACUCGAAGACCGAGCACGAAGGAACCGCGCGACCUGACGAUGUUCAGGCAGGACACACGCAAGCACGUGACAAAAAUGAAAGCACACCCGCACCCGAUACGAUAAAAGAGGGUCAUCAUCAUACUCGUCCCCAACACGUGACCACUUCUCGACCGCUGCCCGAGAGUGAAAUGUCGGACGCCGAAGUUAUAAAAGAAUUCAACUUCGAUCCUCCCGGCCUGACCCUGGAAAUGGCAGUCUUCUACGACGCUGACUGCAAGAGAUCGUUCACCGAAGCCCUCGGCUCCUCGAGCAGUCUUGAGGAUGCCAUUAAGACCAUCAUUUCACAGGUGCAGGUCUUCUACAAGCCACCUUGGCUGAAAAACCCGCUGCACAUUGUCAUCACCGAACUUCGAUUGCUCGACGAAGGAGUCAAUCAGUUACUGGGAUCGGAAGAAGCCGACAAGCUGCUCCAGGGUUUCAGCAACUUCACUGCAAAGAGGAACGCGCCCGAGGAUCAACCGGGCCACUGGGACGUCGCACUCCUGCUCACUGGGAAGGACAUGCAUGCUGCGAGGGAUGGGAAGAAAGACACCAGCGUGUUAGGGAAGGCCUACUUAGGCGGCGUUUGCAGCCAGGAUUUUGCGACCGUCGUGGUGGAGUUUGGAUCGACCAACCCGAAGCGAAGACCGAUGACAACGUUCGGCCUGCAGACGAGCGACGUGGCCGCUCACGAACUGGCUCACAGCCUGGGCGUUCACCACGACGGCCCGCCGGAAAACGACGACUGCUCGCUAGACCGCUACCUGAUGGGUCCGUGGCGCACGUCCAACACCACAACCUGGUGGUCCCCGUGUAGCCUCCAGCUGCUCACCAAGCUCGACGAGAACGACAAGCUGUCGUGCAUCAAGAAGCCACUGUCCGUGAAGAGGCUACGGCAAGUUCUCCACUGGAACUCGUGGCGCAGCGAGCAUCCUCCUGGUCAGCAGUGGGACGCCGACGCGCAGUGCCGCGUCUUCCUCAAGAGCGAGGGAGCAAGGUGUAGCAUCAAGGCCGAAAACAUGAGCGCGGUGUGCCGUGCCUUGCAGUGCAAAAGCCCUGAAAGAAUUGGCCUAUUUGGAGCCGGACACGCCUUGGAGGGAACCUACUGCGGAGAAAGCAGCUGGUGCCAGGGUACCAAGUGCGUGCCCUUCCCCAAGUCCCUGCCUGUCGUUCCCGGUGGCUGGAGUGAGUGGGAAACGGUGACCGAGUGCAGCCAGCCGUGCCUGCAGCAUAGCGUGGCUCUCGUGCACAUGAAGAGGAAGUGCAACGAUCCGCGGAGGCAGAACACACUAGAAGGAUGCGAGGGCGACAACGUUAGGCUGAGGCCCUGCGACAUCAGCGCCAACGAAAAGGCUCCAAAGUGCACGCAUCCCAAAACCAACCAGCAGUACAUAGACGAAAAAUGCGCCCUCUACGCACGCUUCAAGCCCGAACUGAAGCCCAGGGGCACUCAGGUCCCCUACAGCGCAUCCCAGUCGUGGCGCGCCUGCGCCAUCCACUGCGGCUACAAGGGCGACGCGUUCAUCGCGGCCAAGUUCUUCCUGAACGAGCAGACCAACGAGACGGGCUUGCUGCCGGACGGCACCCGAUGCCACUUCGACAAGUCCAAGGGGGCCGCCUACUACUGCCAGCAAGGGCAGUGCGUCACGCUGCUCCAGAGCCUGGCCGGAAUACAGGACAACGAGGCCGGACAGGUCCUCGAAGUGGAAGACUCGGACUGGGCUCCGGACACCGAGGGUCGACGGCUGGUCGAGAAGUACCUGGAGUACGUGCCCGGCAAGGACUUCGCAGUGCUGGACGUGAAGAAAGUGCCUCCCGCACGAGCUCGCGUUGCCGUCGACGACCUCUAGCCUUCAGCCCCUGGACCUGCGUGCCACAUUUCGUGUCCUUCGAGAGCAAGAGAUUCGAACUGGAGAUAGUCGAGCUAGUUGGUGUCCGUGUUUGCACCCCUCACCUUGUUCCACGCAAAAGACUAACUUGGCUUCGCUAUCGCAUCGAAGCAUAUUACUUUUUGCUUGUUUUUUCAUGCAGCACUAGACAUCAACCCGGCGUCUUCUACCCACCUCCGGUUGGUGCCCAUUCAGUGACAACGAAUACAACAGCAACAUGCACUACAGUGUGAAAAUUGGUCGA